CCCAGGAAAUGGUGAUGUCUAAUGAGAUUAGCUUCCCAGCGAAGCUCAUCAAUGGUGGCGUGGCGGGGCUGGUGGGGGUGACCUGUGUGUUCCCUAUCGACUUGGCCAAGACCCGACUGCAGAACCAGCAUGGCAAGAUGGCCUACAAAGGAAUGAUAGAUUGCUUGGUGAAGACCACCCGCGCAGAUGGCUUCUUUGGCAUGUACAGAGGGGCAGCAGUGAACCUAACCUUAGUCACUCCGGAGAAAGCUAUCAAGCUGGCAGCCAAUGACUUCUUCCGAGAGCAGCUCUUAGAAGAUGGGUCGAAACACAAGCUGAUAAGGGAGAUGCUGGCUGGGUGUGGAGCUGGGGUGUGCCAGGCGGUGGUUACCUCUCCUAUGGAAAUGCUGAAGAUACAGCUGCAGGAUGCUGGACGUCCAGGUGAGCAGCACAGGACAUGCACAUCAGCAGCUUCUCCUGUCAGGCCCUAUACCACAGACUCCACCCCUAAGCGUCCUUCUGCCACUGUCAUCGCCUGGGAACUCUUACGUACUCGAGGCCUGACUGGCCUUUAUAGGGGUUUUGGUGCCACUCUCCUAAGGGAUAUUCCUUUCUCGGUCAUCUAUUUUCCUUUUUUUGCCAACCUAAACCAUCUGGGGAUCAAUGAAGCUACUGGGAAGGCCCCUUUUGCCCACUCAUUUGCAUCUGGUUGUUUAGCAGGUUCUCUGGCUGCUGUUGCAGUGACACCCUUGGAUGUUUUGAAAACACGAAUUCAAACUCUCAAGAAAGGUGUGGGGGAUGAAGCCUACGAUGGGAUCAUAGACUGUGCCAGGAAAAUCUGGACUAACGAGGGACCUGCUGCCUUCAUGAAAGGGGCUGGUUGCCGGGCCCUAGUCAUAGCACCUCUCUUUGGUAUUGCCCAAGGUGUCUAUUACCUUGGUGUUGGGGAAACCAUCUUAACAGUUUUCUUUAGAUCUAGCUAA